AUGUCACUGUAUUCCACUGCAAACAACAUUGGGAUAACACUGUCUGCUGUCCAUAUGUUAGUGGCGUUUAAUUUUCAAUCCAGACGGCUCAUCUGCUCUGCAAAUACAAUCAGUCUAGAUAAAUUGCCAUCAAUUUUCGCAUUUCAAAAAUACACUUCGUUUUUCUGUAGUAAUAUGCGUCACGAAUUGUUUAUUCUUUUCUUCAUGUUCCUCCUAGUAUCCAGCAAAUUGCCAGAAAAAGCCCGGUAUCGAAUUCGGAAAGGUGGAAAAAUUGAUAUUCUUCAUAGGCAAAUGCUUCAGAAAUGGAGAACAGCUUUUCGAAAAAACCAUCGGGAUAAAUCUCAAAACAAUGAAUUGGAUCAUAUUAUUGUAGAAAUGGAUUCAUACAUAAAACCAAGAUUUGGUUGA